GUAUUUUGGCUUUUGUUCAACAUGUACAUCCAGUGGAUAGUCCUGUUCUGCAGUUUUGGCCUGAUCUUCUCCGGAUGGAUACCGGAGCGGAUUGUGGGAGGAGAUAAGAUUUCCAUUUCAUCCGUUCCCUGGCAGGCUUCCCUUCAGAAAAACGGCGAACACCAUUGCGGAGCGGUCAUCUACAACAAUGAGAUAGUUAUCACUGCUGCCCACUGCGUCCUAGAAGAAAAUCCUUCCAGUCUGACUGUGAGAGUGGGAUCCUCGCUCUCCAACUCCGGCGGUCAGCUGGUAAAGGUGUCCCGUUUCAUUGCCCACGAAGACUAUCACUGGCCCAAAGAUUUUUCCCACGACUUGGCCGUAAUUCGACUUCAAAGACCUCUUCGAUUCAAUAAGAGGGUCAACAACAUUCCUCUGGCCAGCAGUUCACCAGCAGCAGGAACACCGGCUUUGGUUUCCGGAUGGGGAACUAUAGGCUGGAGAUGGCCGACGUCUAGAUCCCUACUUAGCGUCACAUUGCCCAUUGUCGACCAUUUUAGCUGCUGGAAAGCCUACAACGGAAAUAUUACCGACGACAUGAUCUGCGCCGCAGCUCCGGGUAGAGAUGCCUGUUCCGGGGACUCUGGAGGCCCCUUGGUUUCCAAUGGCCAGCUCGUGGGCAUUGUGUCCUUUGGAGCGGAAUGUGCUCACCCCAAAUAUCCGGGAGUCUAUGCCGAUGUGGCUAAGCUAAGACCUUGGAUCCUCCAGGCAAUUAAUACAAUUUAAUUUGCCAAGCAAGCUGCUUAUUAACAAAUUGAAAAGAAUUAAUUGACUUUUGAGAAUUUUUAACUAUUUUUCAGUCUUAACCAACUUAAACGAUUAUUGUGAAUUUCAAUUCAAUAUUUUUCUGUCUCAACCAACUUUAAUAUAAAUUUGUAAAAAAUAUUUCAAAUCAAGUAAAUAAAGUUCAAUUAUAACACUAAA